UUUGUGUCCUAGGAAACUUAAAGAAUGAAUGGAAAUCCUUGUUUCAAGAGAAAGGUAAAUGUAUAUAAAUGAAUUAAAGUUAUCACUCAAUGACUUUUGCAAAAAUGUUCCUUUUAUUUUUUACGUUACUUUUAGUAUGCAAAGUUGUCCCUUUAUUUGAAUACAAAGUUUUUGAAUAUAAAGUGUUUGAAUUGUAUACUCCUACCUUGAUGAUUUGCUGUUCUUGAAGACAUCUUGUGAUGGCUCAGCAGGUUUCAAAAACAAUCAGGGCUGGUAUACACAAAACUUUUCUGUUAGCCUUAGCAAUUUCUGCUAGCUAACAGAGAGAUGCUAACAGGUAUGCACAAAGUGGAACUUGGCAACUGUUAGCUAGCAAAUAGCUCUUUGGUAAAAUUCCGCUCACUGGCGCUACAUUUAGCAUAUUCUCGACAUCAUCAUUUAUUUAUAUGCAUUAAUCAGGUGAUUUCAAACUCAAUAUUGAUAAAAAAGCAUUUUAGAUCAUUUUAAAUGUAUUUUGUUAUUAUAUUAAAGUAUUAUUUAUCUACGUAUGAAUAUUAAUAUAAAUGUGUGCUGUUCGAAGGAAGUAUGUGCUCAUGUGUAAACAAAACCCCGACAACAAUUUAAACUCCAUGGACCCAACUCCAAACACUCAACAAAGGAGGAAGAGGAAACCAAACUGGUCAAGUGAUGAAACACUGCGCUUGGUUAACAUCAUGGCAGAAAAGCGAUGUAUAAUAAAGGGACGGUUUCACCCUUCCCUGACCCAUGCAGAUAAGAAACGUGCAUGGGAAGACAUUACGAACUCUGUAAAUGCGUGCAAUUUACAUGUGAAAAGAACUGAAGGAGAAGUUGUAAACAAAUGGUUUACAGUGCUGUCCCACUCACGGAAGAAGAUUGCUAAUAUCAACAAGGAGCAGAAUCAAUCAGGUCCUGGUGGCCCUGAAGCAACUCCCCUGGAUCCCAUCGACUUGAAGGUUCAAGAAAUGAUUGGGGAGAAGAGUGUAACUAUUGGUGGAAUUUCUCCUGUCGAAGGAACCCUGUUGAGGUUGCAGAAGCUGCGGGCCAACAGGGCACAUAACCAACAGCAGGUGACCCAUCAUCAUCAGCAGCAGCAGCAGCACCAGGAGGACCACCAGCAGCAGCACCAGGUAGACCACCAGCAGGACCAUCAGCAGUACCCCCACCAGGAGGACAACCAACAGCAUCAGCUCCUGGAGGUGCAUCAGCAGCAGGAGGAGGUGUUGGUGAUCCCUUCACCACAACUAGUGGCUGAUGAUAGUAGCAAUGUUCAAAUAAAUUAUUUGGACCUUGCUGCAGCAAAUGCAAAUUCAGUUUACAAGGACGAAAAGCGUAGGCUGAAGCUGCUCAAGGAAAAAGCCAAGAUUGAGUACUGGCAAGAAAGAGCAAAAUACUACAAAAAUAAAAGAACUUAAGACUUUGCAUAAUCUUACUUUUUCUCAUGUGGAGUAAAACUAGUCUGUACAUCUUACUUUUAUUUCCUAUAUUACUGCUAAGUGAUAUUAUGGCCAUCUUGUGCUCCCUUAAGAGAAAGUAGUUCGGUGAGAGAAUUUGUUGUCUCCAUACGAAGAUACAUGCAAUGCUGACUUGACAGGGUCCACAUGUUGUGACUUCAUGCAUCACUGAAACAAUCAAAAA